UCAUCCCAAUAUUUACUCAUAAAUUACCCUUGAUCCUUUUUCUAAAAUGCCUGCAGAGGAGGAACAGAAACUGGCGACGAACAAGCGCCCCCAUUCCGCCGUGGAUGGUAGCGACGAGAAUGGAGACGAUUCAUCUUCUGACGAUGACUUCGGACCGGCCCUCCCUUCCGCUGAUGCACCGAAAAAGAAGCGUCGCAAGCUCCCUUUCGAGAAGGUCUACGUAAACGCGCUGCCCGCAUCGCCGCGGUACUCCAAGUCUCUCAUGCACAAGGACCAAUUGUCCUUUGUCACCGUGACCCCGCAUACCGAUUUCCUUAUAACCUCGUCUAUUGAUGGCUUCGUCAAGUUUUGGAAGAAGAUGGCCGUCGGUGUCGAGUUCGUGAAGGAGUUUCGCGCCCACACCUCGGAGAUCAAGAGCGUCAGCGUCAGCGCCGAUGGAAGAAGUUUUGCGACGACCGGAGCGGACAAGACGGUUAAGAUUUUUGAUGUUAUCACGUUUGACCUUCUUGCCAUGCUCACUGUCGAAUUCACUCCGCGCUGUGUAUGCUGGGUCCAUCGUCGGGGCGCCUCAUUACCUUUGCUGGCCGUAACAGACGAAGAAAGCAGUAUGAUCCAGGUCUUCGAUGGCCGCGGUGAAAAUCAGACCCCUCUGCACACCGUCAAGUCGAUCCACCGAAGCCCCGUGGCCGCCAUUGCCUUCAACGACGCCUACGAUUGUGUCAUCUCCGCCGACGACUCCGGCAUGAUUGAGUACUGGCGAGCGGGUGACGGUUCCUUCGAGAAGCCCGACAAUGUCUUCGAGCUGAAGUCCUCUACCAACCUUUUCGAGUUCCGAAAGGCCAAGUCGGUCCCUGCGUCGCUGUGCAUCUCCCCUUCCGGCCAACAAUUCGCCGCCGUCUCCUUCCCGGACCGUCAAGUCCGCGUCUUCGACUUCGCCACGGGCAAGCUCUACCGCAAGUACGACGAAUCACUGAACACAAUCACUGCAAUGCAGCAAGCCGGCACAGCCAUCUACCAACUCGACGAGCUCGAAUUCGGCCGCCGACUUGCUGUAGAACGGGAACUCGAGAACCCCAUCACCAAGCCCAAGAUCAACGUCCUCUUCGACGAAUCCGGUCACUUCAUUCUCUAUGGCUCCCUCUACGGCAUUAAAUGCAUCAACACAUACACCAACCGCGUCGUUCGCGUCUACGCCAAAGAGGAGCCAUUCCGCUCCCUCAACCUCGCCAUGUACCAAGGUCAACCGCAAAAGAAGGGCGUCGUGACCGUAUCCAUGGCUGCCAGUGCCAACCCACUUCUCCAAGAAGCCGAAGAACGCGAUCCAAUCCUCGUCAGCACAGGAUUUGCCAAAGUCCGCUUCUACCUAUUCACAAAUGACACUGAAAUUUCCAAAUCAAACCGCGACAUCCAAAACGAACGGCCGCGCGAAGCCGCCUCCGGCCGUGAAGCCGCCGCACCUAAGGCCGCCGAACUCGGCACCUCCGCCAUCCUGCACACCACCAUGGGCGACAUCCACCUUCGCCUCUACCCCUCUGCUGCUCCUAAAGCCGUCGAGAACUUUACCACCCAUGCCCGCAACGGCUACUACAACAACACCAUCUUCCACCGUGUCAUCCGCAAGUUCAUGAUCCAGGGUGGUGAUCCGCUGGGAGACGGCACAGGCGGUGAAUCCAUCUGGGGCGGCGAGUUCGAGGACGAGUUCUCCAGUCUUAAACACGAUAAACCAUAUACUUUGUCCAUGGCUAACGCGGGUCCCAAUACGAAUGGAAGUCAGUUCUUUAUCACGACAGAAAAGACGCCCUGGUUGGACGGGAAACAUACUGUGUUUGGCCGUGCGGUGCAGGGUUUGGAUGUCGUGCAUAAGAUUGAGAACACGAAGACGUUCAAGGAGAAGCCGGAGCAGGAUAUUAAGAUCGUGAGUAUAACGGUUACUUAGGGGUUGUCUCUUUGUUACGUGCUUUGGUAGGGAUUGUUGGUUUCUAUAUCAAGUUCAGCGAUUUUGUGUUUCUCUUUACCCGUUUUCUAUAUACUACUACCCUGUAAAUUAGCAUUCAAUAUGUAUCAUUGAAGUCAGUACUGGG